AUGGCUACCAACAAUCACCUUCUCAAGUAUCUUUCCCUGCUCUUUUUGUCAUUCUUGUGGAUUCCAUGCACCACAGGACGUGAUAGUCUCAAACCUGGAGACACUCUCAAUUCCUCAAAUUCCCUAGUUUCUCUGAAAAGCAGGUUCGCUUUGUUGUUCAUCCCACAAAACAAAAUUGCUAACGAGAGCUACUUAUUAGGAGUAUCAGACAGUACUUCUAAGUUUACUGUUUGGUACUCCAAUCCAGACUUUCCUAUUGCCAAGGAUUCGGACUUUCUCACCUUGGACAUGUCAGGAACAUUGAAAAUUAUGCGCAAAGGUGGGGAUUUUUUAGUGUUAUAUUCUUCUCUAAAACCUACCAAUAAUACUGUCGCUACUCUGUUGGACUCCGGAAAUUUUGUCUUGAAAGAAUUGUACUCCAAUGGAACUACAAAGUGCGUGUUAUGGCAAAGUUUUGAUUAUCCUAUGAACAAAACGGUUCAAAAAUGGUCAAAAAGAGAUUCGAGGACGGGACAAGAGCUUGGGAUCGGUCCCAGAGUUGGGCGUAUGUUUCCUGUGGACAACCUUCAUCUUCCACCUGUUGCUCCUAUUUCUGUUGAACCCACUAAAGUUGAGGAAGCUCUUCAGGAUGAAAGCUGGGUUGAAGCUAUGCAUGAUGAACUGCUUCAGUUCCAGAGGAAUGAUGUCUAG